ACAACCACAUUUAAUAUCCUGACGGUUCAAAAAAAGCGACGAGGUAAAGAACCGUAAAGAAACCCUCGAAGGAGCUUAUAUAUCGCUCACCUAAAAAAAUUAAUUACAUAUUUACAUUAACAUAAAAAAAAUUUAUAACUUAUUCUUCAAAACUCGGACUUCCAUCUGUGGUUGCAUUCAUGUAAUGCUCCGAUUCGAGUUGAGCCUGCAUAGCUUAAUUUACUAGCUAUCGAUCAUAUCAUGGGAGACAUGGAAGAAGGAGCGAAUGUUCAGAGACCACCUUUACUGCGUGGACAUAACUACAAUUUCUGGAAGGGCAGGAUGAGGGCCUUUCUCAAAUCCCUUGGGGGUGGAGUCUGGAGAAGUGUAGAAACUGGGUGGACUGAACCGCGCAAAUACUCUGAUGAUCUGACAACGUCAAGAAUCAAACCAUUCGAAGAAUAUAGCAGAACUGAAGUAACCGCUGCUGAGUUUAAUGACAAAGCCUUAAAUGCAAUCUUUAGGGCAGCGGACUCUACCCAAUACAAGCUCAUCUCAAACUGUGACAAUGCCAAGGAAGCCUGGGAUAUUCUUGAAGUCACGCAUGAGGGAGAUGAGGAAGUGAAGACUGCAAAAUAUCAGAUUUUGAUGACUCAAUAUGAAAAUCUGCGCAUGGACGAGAAGGAAAAGAUCACUAAAUUUCAUGGAAGAGUUAGAGAUAUUGCAAACCAGGCUGCACGACUGAAUGAACCCAUUCCAGAAAACAAGCUGGUUCUCAAGGCGGCAGAAGAAGACGAAGAAAAUCUCCCACAACCCAAUCUGGAAGAAUCAAGCAUGGAGCAACCAGAUUCAAGAUCUGUAGACGCUGAAGUCAGAAAAGACACAGAAGAUGAUGUGAUUCCACACCCUGUAGCCACAAUCCCAGAAACACUGUACCUAGAGCACACAGUCACACAACAAGAAGAGAACAUGCAAAGCAAAAAGAAGGAAGAUCUGCAGUCACAGAAGGAAAUACCAGAGAUUGUGGAUGAAGAACCUUUACUAGCAUGCUCAGAUGUGCCUUUUGAAGAUGUACAAUUCACAACUCCAGCAUCCAAGAAAGCAAUGACGAAACGCACUGGAUCCAGAUGGUCGCUGCGCCAAAAGGCAAAGGAGAAUCAAGAAUCAGAAGGGAUUGAAGAAAUUCAAACAAAAGAAGUGAAAAAGAAGGAACUAAAGCGAAAGGAGAAAACAACGGAUGACCAGGAGGAGAGCUCAAAGAAGCAGAAAACAUCAUCUCCCUUAGCAAAACACACAAUCAGAAGUCAGAUCAACCAAAGGAAAAAUGCAAAAGCAGAAAAGUCACCCAAACCAGGGAAGUUUUCUAAACAUCUGUUUGUUUCAUCAAUUACUAGCUCAUACAUGUCUGAAAUUGCCAAGAAAACCAUUCUGCUACAAAGAAGUAUUGAUGUUGAGGAUUUUGAAGCAAAAACAAACUUAAUCCCUGUGCUGAAAAAGUGUAAUUUGCUUAAAUCAAUUACUCUGCCUGGUUCCUAUGUGAGAAAAGUCAUUCAAGAGUUUUACUGCAAUUUGUCUGAGGGUUGCAACAUUCACACUAACUCUUCAUACCACAAAGUGUUUGUGAGAGAGAAAACCUUUGAUCUGUCCCCUACCAAAAUCAAUCAGUUUCUAAACAUAAAACCUCCCUCCUCUGAAAUCAAUGUGAAUGAAAGACAAGUCUGGACUGACCUCACAAAUGGUGAGCGUAUAUCUCAAUCCACCAAGUCAAAAAUGCCCUCGUCCAUCCUCAAAAGUUCCUAUGCCAUACUGUUCAGGGUUGCUGCAUAUCACUGGCUCCCAACCACCCAUAUGAACACAGUCCCACUCUGCAUAGCCACACUCAUUUACAAAAUCAAGCAUGAGAUACCUGUGAAUCUUGGAAAAAUCAUCUUUGACCAGAUCAUGAGCUUUGCAUCUGAGAGGGCCAAACAGAAUUCUAAUGGGCUUCCUUAUCCUCUUCUUAUUUAUCAAAUGCUCAAAUCUCAGAAACUUGUAGUUGCAGAUGAAGAAGAACCUGCUCCUCCUCUUCUCCAGGGGGGGAAGCCCAAGCAAGAUGAGUCAGAUGAUGCUGCAACACAGGGGGAGCAAAGUGAAGAUGAUGAAGCCACUGAGGAAGGAGAGGACAACGCAGAUGCAGAGGAUGAUAACCUAGCAAAUGAAGAGUCAGACUUUGAGGCUGAACUCCACAAUUAUGCCUCUGCUCUUCUUCUCCUUGGUUUCACAACCACCGUCACAUCUAGUAGCCGCUAUGCAAGAGGCCAGCCACCGUCCAAGCUGGCAGAGCUUAGGAGGAGCAUCGUUGUUGGCCGGAGGAGCCUAGUCGUUAGCGCACUAGUUCACUAGUCACCUUUGUCGUUGUCACAAUUAGGACAGCGUCGCAAGUGCCGUCACACCCACUGUCUUUGCCGCCGUCACUAUCGUCUGCCACAAGCCCACAAUGCUACAAUAAAGAUUCAUAUAGUGUCAAACAGUAGUACGUAUAAUGUCAAAUAUGACAACACAUAAUGCAAUACAUGAACUUGAACAAU